AUGGAAGAUGUGAUAGUGGAAGCCCUUCUAUCUAAUAAACGGGAAGCUCAAAUUUUAGCUGCCAAAGAACUUGGUAAACUUGCAACCAAACUAAGACAGAAGUUAGCAGAAAGAGGGAUCAUUUCUCGGCUCGUUACGAUGCUUCGUAAGCAAGUUUAUGAAGCCACUGAAGCGGCACUCUGCUCUGCUUUAAACAAGAUCCGAAUUGCAAAUUCUGGUACCAUACCAGUAUUGCUGGAGAUCAUUCAAUGCCAAAAAGAGUCAUUGAUUGACCUUGCAGCAGCAGCCCUCUUGGUUGCGCACUAUGGAGGUAGUGGAGGAGAAGGAGGGGGUGGAGGCAGUGGUGGUGGCGGUGGCAGUGGAGGUGGAGGUGGAGGCUGUGGAAGUGGUAGUGGUGGAGGGAGAGGUGGUGGAAGGAGGAAAAGGAAAGGAAAACAUACAUGCGGUAGAAGGAGAGGUAGUGGUGGCGGAGGUGCUGGCAGUGGUGGCGGUGGAGAUGGACGUGGAGGUGCGGGUGGGGGUGCGGGUGGAGGAGGAGGCGGUGGUGGUGGAAAUGGUGGAGGCCAUGGUUGGGGAAGUGGGAGUGGUGGUGGUGGCGGCGGUAGUAGUGGAGGAGGAGGAGGAGAGGUUCUAGAAAAGGAAUAUACAUUAGGAGAGAAAAAUAGAAAUAUCUUGAAUGCUCUGUCUAAAGAUUGGGAAAGUAAAAUGAUUGCUAUUGAAGAGGCAAGAGAUCUGAAUUGUAUACCUAUUGAAUCUCUUGUAAAUUCUUAA